AAAAUUUAUUUACUAAUAUAAGCCACAUUGUAAUUAAACCUAACAUUCACAAACCCGUCUUUAAAUUGUGACUAAGUUUAUUAAAAUUGUUUGUUUAACAUGUUUGAGGAUAAAGAAUAUAAUUACAAUCUGCUUAAAGAACAAAUGCUGCAAACCAACAGUGUUCGCUAUUCGCCGUUUCAAGCUGCAUACGAAAAGAAACAUAGAAGGCAAAGAACAUCGUAUACCCCCGAACAACUCAGAGAAUUGGAAAAAAGUUUCCAAGAAAGUCACUUUGUAGACAGAAACAAGAAAUUGGAGCUUGCCAGUAAGUUUGCCUUAUCAGAAAAUCAUAUUAAAGUGUGGUUUAAGAAUAGACGUGCAAAAAGCAAGAAAGAAAAACACGUUUCUGGUUCCUCAUAUAGCGACUCCACUUCAGAUGCUGGAUCUGUAGAAAAUUCCUUAGAAGAAGAACCGCAAGGCACGAAAGGCAUAAAAUCCAAUGGGGGCAUUAUUAACCAUGGCGAAAUAUUUCAGCCUAAACAUAAUAUUUCACCGGAAUAUAAUCAACACUUUUACCAUCCAACUCCCCCCCCUCCUGUGAAAGAAGAAAUUAAAUUUCCUAUGCUCAGCAAUGAGCCCAACUAUGAAGUGCCCUUUAUAAAUUGGCCGACUCCACCUCCAAACAUGUUUUCCCCCUACAACUGGAAUCAGGAAUCAUUUUGGCCGUAUAUGCAGAGAAAUGUUCAAGAUUUUCCACAUUUUUCUCAAAUGUAUCCACAAAGUACAUAUCCAGUGGAAUCCGCGCCAAAACAAAGUGACUCUUUAAUAAACCUUUAGUUUUAUAAAAUAUUGUAAAUAUAUGUGAGUUGACAUAAACUUGUGCAAGUGUUAUUUAAGCUUUAAUGUAUUGUUAUUUUUAAGAUUAUAGUUCCGUAGAUAUUUUUAACAAACAAGAUAUAUAAAAAAUAUAAACUUGAUAAAACACA